AUGUCGAGCAAAAAAAGAAAGUGGUCGGACGAAUAUGUACAAUAUGGAUUCACAUGUAUAACGGAACGUGAUGGGAGUCAGCGUCCUAACUGUAUGAUUUGCAAUGCCAAGUUGAGCAAUUCUAGUCUAGCACCGGCAAAACUAAGAGAACACUUCCUUAAGCUGCAUGGAGAUGGAAAAUACAAGAACACAACGCUCGCUGAAUUCAAGGUGAGGAGAGCCAGAUUCGAUGAAAAGGCUAGUCUGCCUGUUCUCAGCUUUGUACCCAUCAACAAACCGAUCCUCAUAGCAUCGUACGAAGUUGCUUACCUGAUCGCAAAGCAGGGCAAACCCCACACCAUUGGUGAAACACUCAUUAAACCAGCUGUGUUGAAGAUGGCGAAUAUCAUGCUGGGAAAAGCGGCUGAAGUUAACCCGGCAAAAUUCAGCCUUCAACUCGACGAGACCACAGACGUCUCCAAUCUAAGCCAGCUUGCAGUAUUCGUGCGCUAUGUGAAAGACGACGUGAUAAAGGAAGAGUUUUUAUUUUGUAAGCCUCUUACAACAACAACUAAGGCAGCCGAUGUGAAGAAACUUGUGGAUGACUUCUUCAAAGACAACAAUCUUUCGUGGGAUAUGGUUUCUGCAGUUUGUUCGGAUGGAGCUCCAGCCAUGCUGGGAAGAAAGUCUGGUUUUGGUGCGCUAGUGAAAGCCGAUGCACCACACAUCAUUGUUACGCAUUGUAUUCUGCAUAGGCAUGCAUUGGCAACAAAAACCUUGCCUCCAAAACUGGCAGAAGUAUUAAAAAUUGUAGUAGAAUGUGUGAACUAUGUGCGAAAUAGUGCUCUGAGGCACCGCAUCUUCAGGGAGCUGUGUAAAGAAAUGGGAUCUGAAUUUGAGGUACUUCUGUACCAGUCCAACGUUCGGUGGUUAUCCCGGGGACAGGUGUUGAAUCGUGUUUUUGCCGUGCGUGUGGAAUUAGCCCUGUUUUUGCAAGAGCACCAACAUUGUCAUGCAGAUUGCUUCAAAGAUUCUGAGUUCAUUCUCAUUUUAGCAUACAUGACUGAUAUCUUUGCAGCUCUAAAUCAUCUCAAUCAACAGAUGCAGGGCGGUGGAGUCAACAUCAUCGAAGCGGAAGAAAACCUGAAGGCUUUUCAAAAAAAACUACCGUUAUGGAAACGACGAAUAGAGAACGAUAACUUCGCAAACUUUCCCCUGCUAGACGACUGUGUAAGUAAGAUCGAAGAUAUAUCUGGAAUCGGAGACAUUUCUGUACCCACGGAACUGAAGCAAGCAAUUGCCACGCACUUAGAUGAGCUUGCAACGUCUCUUGAUGGAUACUUCCCUACAAGAGAGUCAUAUCCAGCAUGGGUGAGACAGCCGUUCACAUUCAGUGUUGAAACAACAGAUGUCAAUGAUGAAUACCUCGAUGAAAUCAUUGAACUUCAGCAGAGCCAGGUUCAAUAG